GUUUAGGAUCUCAUACUAGGCCCUGGAACUGAAAGCACUAGAAGUGCCAUUAAUUAGAACCACCAUCUCCAAUACUAAGUACGGUCCCGAUUAACUUCUAUAAUGUCUAUUCAAGUUUCAGCAGUAGCUGCUCCAACAGCCCAGAAUCAUGUUAUGCCAGAAAUUAACCGUCGCUCAGCAAAUUUUCAACCCAGCAUUUGGGGUGACCAUUUCCUCUCAUAUGCUUCUGAAUUCCUGGAAACUGAUGUGCAUAUGAGGCAACAAAUUGAAGAAUUGAAGGAAAAUGUGAGGACGAUGCUCACGGCUCAAGUUGAGAAGCCUUCACAAAAGCUGAACUUGGUUGAUGCAAUUCAACGCUUAGGCGUGUCUUACCAUUUUGAUAACGAGAUUCAAGAAAUUCUGCAACAACUGCAGAAGACUCAUGAAAGUGAUGACCCUGAAUAUAAUGAUGACCUUUACAGUGUUGCCCUGCUGUUUCGACUGCUUAGACAAGACGGCUAUUACAUUUCGUGCGAUAUGUUCAACAAGUUCAAGGACAGCAAAGGAAAUUUUAAGGGAUCACUUUCCAAUGAUGUGAAAGGAAUUUUAAGCUUGUAUGAAGCCACACAUCUCAGGGUAAAAGGUGAAGAUAUACUGGAUGAGGCUCUUGUCUUCACUACCACACAUCUUCAGUCUGUAGCAUCCCAAUUAAGCGGACCUCUAGCAGCACAAGUAACCCAUGCGUUGAAACAGCCUAUCCGAAAAGGACUACAAAGGUUAGAGGCAAGGCAUUACUUUUCUGUAUACCAAGAAGACGCUUCACAUGAUAAAGUUCUUCUUAAGUUCGCAAAGUUGGAUUUCAACCUAUUGCAGAAAGUGCACCAGAAAGAACUUUCUGACAUUGCCAGCUGGUGGAAAGACUUGGACUUUUCAAGGAAGCUACCCUUUAUCAGAGACAGGGUGGUUGAGUGCUAUUUUUGGAUAUUGGGAGUGUACUUUGAGCCCCAAUAUUGCUUUGCUAGGAGGAUGCUAACCAAAGUGAUCUCCAUGACCUCUGUUAUUGAUGAUAUCUAUGAUGUGUAUGGUACAAUGGAAGAACUUAACCUCUUUACUGAAGCAAUUGAGAGGUGGGAUAUGAGUGCCACAGAUAAACUCCCAGAGUACAUGAAAAUGAGUUACCAAGCACUCCUAGACGUUUACACUGAAAUGGAGCAAAACCUAGGUGAAGAAAAAUUGUAUCGGGUCCAGUAUGCAAUAGAAUCUAUGAAGAAUCAAGUUAGAGCAUACCAUCAUGAAGCCAAAUGGUUCCACCAGAAAUACAUACCAACAAUGGACGAAUAUAUGCCCCUUGCUCUUGUUACCUCUGCCUACGCAAUGUUAGCGACCACAUCCUUAGUCGGAAUGGGAGAACUUGUCACAAAGGAUUCCUUCGAGUGGUUGUUCAGUGACCCUAAAAUGGUCACAGCUUCAGCAGUGGUUUGCCGACUCAUGGAUGACAUCGUGUCACACAAGUUUGAGCAAAAGAGAGGACACGUUGCUUCGGCUGUUGAAUGCUACAUGACACAACAUGGUGUUACAGAAGAAGAAGCAGUCCAUGAAUUGAUGAAACAAGUGACAGAUGCAUGGAAGGAUAUAAACAAAGAGUGCCUCUACCCAACCGAAGUCCCCAUGCCAAUUCUCAUGCGAGUUCUCAACCUUGCACGUGUAAUUGAUGUCGUGUACAAGGAUGAAGAUGGCUACACACAUGCUGGAAUUGUGCUCAAGGAUUUUGUAGCGUCUUUAAUGGUGGAUCCUGUGCCCUUAUAAGCUGCAUGGACCUCUGCAUUGGUGGCUGUCGAUCACAAGAAAUACUUGAUAUGGUUACGUUUACGUGUUAAUAAAGAAAAAAAAACGUACUUGUAGAAUAAAUUAAUAAGUUUAGCAGAUUGCUCAACACAUAUAUCUAAAUAUAUAAAGUCGGGGUGGCAGACCAUAGAAAAUAUGAAAUAUUUCUUAGUCUCUUUCUUCUUAUUCUAAUGACAUGACAGUUUUAGUGACUAUUCAAACUCAAGUCAAUGUCUGAAUAAAGUGAAUUGUGAUUGAUUCGAGUUGCAAAUAUAUUAUUAUUAGUUUCUAAUUCUUAA